GGGUUUAUAAGGAGACAGUUUGGAAGCCAGCUGUACACAGAGGCAGCAAGAUGCAGCAGUCACUGUACCAAACAGGCCCCAGGCAAUUGGAUACGUUCAUCGGAAAUUUGCGACCAAAUGAUUUCAAUAAACAACUCAAAGAAGCCGUGCACAGGAUCUGCAGCUUCUUAAGGGACGAUUGCUUCCAGAAUAAACCGAUCAAAGUAAAGCGGGUGGUAAAAGGUGGCUCAUCGGGGAAGGGAACGGCUAUGAGGAGCGGGUCAGAUGCUGAUCUUGUCGUCUUCCUCGACUGCUUCAGCAGUUACCAGGAUCAGAGAGGCACCAGGACCGAUAUCUUGGAGGAAAUUUCAAAGGUGCUGACAAAGUAUCAGAGGAGCAUCGCGUAUGAAAUUCAAGACAUCAAAAUCACAUUUCCACCCACCAGCAGCAGCAUCCCACCCAAAUCACUGAGCUUCACCAUCCAGUCCAAGAAGUCUGUUGAGCAAGUGGAUUUUGACCUGUUGCCCACAUUUGAUGCUCUAGGUCUGUUUGGUGACAACGCCUACGUGAAGCUGAUAGAAAUUGGAGAUUCAGCCGGGGAGUUUUCCCCCUGUUUCACUGAGCAUCAGAGAGAUUUUGUGAAGCUCCGUCCCGCAAAGCUCAAGGACCUGAUCCGCCUGGUGAAACAUUGGUACAUUCAGUACGUCAAACCACGGAAAAAUGAGCUCACAAAUGGAAAUCGCAUUCCUCAAAAAUACGCAGUGGAGCUACUCACCAUCCAUGCCUGGGAGCAGAACGGCAAGCUGGAGGGCUUCAAAACGGCCGAAGGGUUUCGCACGGUUCUCGAGUUGAUUUGUAGAUACAGGGAACUGUGCAUCUACUGGAAUCAUUACUACAAACUCAGCAGCAACGGCAACAAAGCCCUGACAGAGUUUGUGAAACGGAAACUCCGAGGCACAAGGCCAGUAAUUCUCGACCCGGCCGAUCCCACUGGGAAUGUGGGACAAUCCGGUGGAUGGCAAGUGAUGGUUAGUGAAGCCUCCAAAUGCCUGCAGAUGCCUUGUAUGGCCGAAGUCCAAUCCUGGGAUCUCAAGCCCGUGACGGAGCUUCAAGUUAAUGUCCAAUUGAUGGGAGGUUCCUCGUUACCAAUCAACGCCAAUCCCUUCACGAAGGUGGCAACUAUCAAGCAAGACAUUCAGCAACAUUGGUGCAACUUUUCUCCCUCCCGCCAAUCCCCACCAGUCCCAGUCCACCAGCAACGCUUGAUGUUCAACAAUACUAUUCUGAAUGACAGCGAAACACUGCUGGAGUCUGGAAUAUUAGAUAAUGUUACCAUCACCCUGCUUGUGACUUCAAACGACAAAAUGGACAUUUUUGUCAGGAAUUCAGAUGGACGCAGCCGAACAUAUCAAGUGCAACCAACAGACACUGUUUUGAGUCUGAAAAAGAAAAUUGAAGCUGUGGAGCGUAAUCACUCAGACCAGUAUUACCUGGUCUUUGGUGGAAGAACCCUGGAAGACAAGUACACACUGCAGCACUACAACAUAAAGGAACAUUCCCACAUUGACAUGAACCUUCGCCUGAGAGGAGGGGGAAUCUGUCAAUCUAAGGAGGCCAAUGUCUCACUCUGUGAGAUGACGAGGUUUUAUCAGCCUGGAUCAGAUAAAGUGGCUGGAAACCAGAUAAAAAGUAUUAGGAAUUGCUGUGACGUGCAGAAACUAAGCUGCCCCUGUGCUGGGUGUGAUAUCGUGGAGGAGUUCACGUUAGGGUAUAUAAGGAGGCAGUUUGGAAGCAAGCUUUUACACAGAGGGGCCAAGAUGCAGCAGCAAUUGUACCAGACCAGCCCAAGGGAUUUGGAUACUUUCAUCCAGGACUUGCGACCAAAUGACUUCAAUAUUGAACUCAAAGCAGCCGUUCACAGGAUCUGCAGCUUCUUAAAGGAGAAUUGCUUCCAAAACACAACGAUCAAAGUGAAGAAGGUGGUAAAAGGCGGCUCCUCGGGGAAGGGAACGGCUCUAAGGAGCUCAGAUGCUGAUCUGGUCGUCUUCCUCAACUGCUUCAGCAGUUACCAGGAUCAGAAAGCCACCAGGACCGAUAUCUUGCAGGAAAUUUUAAGGGUGCUGACAAGAUGCCAGAAUAGCAUCGCGUAUGACAUUCAAGACAUCGAAAUCAAACAGCCCAACAGCAGCAGCAUCCCAUCCAAAUCACUGAGCUUCAUCAUCCAGUCCAAGAAGUCUUCUGAGAGUGUGGAGUUUGACUUGUUGCCCACAUUUGAUGCUAUAGAUCUGUUUGGUGAGAACGCCUACGUGAAGCUGAUAGAAAUUGGAGAUUCAGCCGGGGAGUUUUCCCCCUGUUUCACUGAGCGUCAGAGAGAUUUUGUGAAGCUCCGUCCCACAAAGCUCAAGGACCUGAUCCGCCUGGUGAAACAUUGGUACAUUCAGUACGUCAAACCACGGAAAAAUGAGCUCACAAAUGGAAAUCGCCUUCCGCAAAAAUACGCAGUGGAGCUACUCACCAUCCAUGCCUGGGAGCAGAACGGCAAGCUGGAGGGCUUCAAAACGGCCGAAGGGUUUCGCACGGUUCUCGAGUUGAUUUGUAGAUACAGGGAACUGUGCAUCUACUGGAAUCAUUACUACAAACUCAGCAGCAACGGCAACAAAGCCCUGACAGAGUUUGUGAAACGGAAACUCCUUGCCACAAGGCCAGUAAUUCUCGACCCGGCCGAUCCCACUGGGAAUGUGGGACAAUCCGGUGGAUGGCAAGUGAUGGUUAGUGAAGCCUCCAAAUGUCUGCAGAUGCCUUGUAUGGCCGGAGUCCAAUCCUGGGAUCUCAAGCCCGUGACGGAGCUUCAAGUUAAUGUCCAAUUGAUGGGAGGUUCCUCAUUACUAAUCAACGCCAAUCCCUUCACGAAGGUGGCAACUAUUAAGCAAACAGUUCAGCAACAUUGGCGCAACUUUUCUCCCUCCCGCCAAUCCCCACCAGUCCCAGUCCACCAGCAACGCUUGAUGUUCAACAAUACUAUUCUGAAUGACAGCGAAACACUGCUGGAGUCUGGAAUAUUAGAUAAUGUUCCCAUCACCCUGCUUGUGACUUCAAACAACAAAAUGGACAUUUUUGUCAGGAAUUCAGAUGGACACAACCGAACAUAUCAAGUGCAACCAACAGACACUGUUUUGAGUCUGAAAAAGAAAAUUGAAGCUGCGGAGCAUAUUCACUCAAACCAGUAUUACCUGGUCUUUGGUGGAAGAACCCUGGAAGACAAGUGCACACUGCAGUACUACAACAUAAAGGAACAUUCCCACAUUGACAUGAACCUUCGCCUGAGAGGAGGGGGAAUCUGUCAAUCUAAUGAGGCCAAUGUCUCACUCUGUGAGACAAUGGGGUUUUAUCAUAAUACAAUCCCUCAGAACAGCAUUGAUCCUGGAGUUGAGGGUGGAGACGGAGAGCCAAAGUUAGGUGUCAUCCACAUACAUGUGGAAGUUAACCCCAUGUCUGCAGUUGAUAUCAGUGAGCAGGAGCAUUUUGAGAUGGAGCUGUAUAACAUGUUUCCGCGACAAUUGGACAAGUUUAUCUACAAUCAUCUUCAGCCCAACACGGACUUUCUGGAUCAGAUGUCCAUCGCCAUAAACAAGAUCUGCAGGUUCUUACAUGGGUACAAGUUCCAAAACUCUGUCAAAGUCAUCAAAACCAUUAAGGGUGGCUCCUCUGGGAAAGGGACGGCUUUAAAAAAUGGCUCGGACGCCGACCUCGUUGUUUUCUUCAGUGACUUCCAAAGCUUUGAAGAUCAGAAGAAUAAGCGGGGUGGAAUGUUGAAUGAAAUCUAUGACGCUUUGCUGCUUUACCAGAAGGAAUACAGCUUCGCCUACGAACUUAGCAUGUCAAAACCCCAAAUCAUCAGGGAAUCAAGUAUGUUUGGCCUCUUCUCCGUCCCACGUUCACUCAGCUUCCAAAUCAAAUCCACAGAGGAUUCUGACUCCAUUGAGUUUGAUGUUCUACCAGCCUACGAUGCUUUAGGUCAGGCUACAUACUCACGUCCGGAUCCCGAGAUAUACAUAAGACUCAUUGAGUUAAAAGCUGCUCGAGGUGAAUUCUCGACGUCCUUCACUGAACUCCAGCGGAACUUUGUGAGGAAAUCACCAACGAAACUCAAAAGCCUGAUCCGGCUGGUCAAGUACUGGUAUAAGGAGUACGUGCGGCGACUGCAUAAGCAGAACCUCAGGAGUGGAGAGUUCCUCCCCCACAAGUACGCCCUGGAACUGCUGAUCAUCUACGCGUGGGAGAGCACCAAACAGGGGCAAAAUUUCAACACCGCAGAAGGGUUUCGGACGUUGCUGGAGCUGGUGGUCAGAUACCAAGAGCUGUGGCUUUUCUGGACUGAAUACUAUGACUUCAGCCACCCUGACCUCAAGGAGUACCUCACAGUGAACUCCAAGGCCACAAGCCCAUCAUCCUGGACCCCGCUGAUCCAACAGGGAACAUGGCGGAAAAGGUACGAUGGGAUCUGGUGGCAAGAGAAGCACGACGGUGCUUGCAGCAGACGUGUGUCCAAGGUGUCGUUGGCUGGAACGUUGAGGUAA